AUGGAGACCACUGUUUUGUUGGGAGCUGAACAGAGAAAUGGCAAGGAUUUAUCAAGAUUUGGGCAUAUGAAUAGCAAGGAUUCAUCAAGAUUUGGGCAUGUGAAUGGAAAUGAUUUAUUAAAAGUUGGGUCUGUGAAUGGCAAUGAUUUAUCAAGAGUUAGGCAUGUGAAUGGCAAGAAGGGUCCCUAUGAUUUGCUGCACAAUGCUUAUAUGAAUGGCAAGGACAAGUCUAAUGACCCUAUCGAUACAAAUGAUGUGCCAAGUCUAAGCAAUGAUAAUAUGGCUGACAAGGAUGAGUACAAUGGUCAUAUAAAUCACAAGGGUUUUCCAAGCAAUGGUGAUAUGAAUAAUGGGGAUUUUCUAAGCUCUAAGGAUUCACCAAGCAAUGGUCAUGCUACUUCAGAAAAGUUACUAAAUGAUUUUAUAAAUUUCAAGAAUGGAUGCAAUGGGCAUGUUAAUAGCAAUAAUUUGCUAAGCAAUGGUCAUACGAAUGGCAAUGGUAAUAUUAAUGGAGAGGAUGACUGCAAUGGCUCAGGUAGUCACAGUUAUCUUAGCAAGCCAUUAGACAUUGAAGAGUUCAGAAAACAUGCUCAUACAAUGGUGGACUUUAUUGCCGAUUAUUACAAUAAAGUGGAGAGCUUCCCAGUUCUCAGCCAAGUAAAUCCUGGAUAUUUAAGCUCUUGGAUCUCUGAUUGCCCUCCACAAAAUCCCGAUUCUGUAGAAAACCUUCUUACUGAUGUGAAAGAGAAGAUGAUACCUGCAUUGACACACUGGCAAAGUCCCAAUUUUUAUGCAUACUUCCCUGCAGGGUUGAGCACUGCAUCAUUUCUAGGGGAGAUGUUGAGUAGUGGGUUUGCUAUUGUCAAUCUGCAUUGGAUGACAUCGCCUGCUGCCACUGAACUUGAAACCAUAGUCUGUGAUUGGCUUGGAAAGAUUGUCAACCUUCCUGAUUCUUUUCUCUCAUGUUCUGAUAAAGGUGGUGGUGGGGUUAUCCAAGGAUCAGCAAGUGAGGCAGUUUUGGUAUCAUUAUUAGCUGCAAGGAACAAGGCUCUAAAGAAAUUUGGUGUAGAUUCAGCUGACAAGCUUGUAGUUUAUGUAUCAGAUCAGACACAUUGUUCAAUUGAAAAAGCUUGCAAAAUUGCAGGAAUAUGUGAAAAUAAUGUUAGAGUGAUAGCAACAAGUUGUUCCACAAACUAUGGGCUUUCUCCAAAAAAUGUCCGUGAUUGCAUAUUAAAAGAUAUUAGUGUUGGUUUACAUCCAACAUUUUUAUGUGCUACGAUUGGAACCACGUCAUCAACAAGUGUGGAUCCUGUACAAGGACUAUCCAAAAUAGCUCGUGAACACGACAUGUGGUUUCAUGUGGAUGGUGCUUAUGGUGGUGCUGCUUGCAUUUGCCCUGAAUAUCAACAUUAUCUUGAUGGAAUAGAUAAUGCAGAUUCCUUUGUCAUGAAUCCUCAUAAAUGGCUUUUUACUAAUUUUGAUUGCUCUGUACUUUGGGUAAAGGAUUCAAAAGUUUUGGUUGAAGCAUUGUCAAUGAAUCCAGAAUAUUUGAAAAACAAGGUAUCACAAUCCAAACAAGUGAUAGAUUAUAAAGAUUGGCAAAUACCACUUGGUAGUCGAUUUAGGUCAUUAAAGUUAUGGAUGGUAUUACGUCUUUAUGGAAUUUCACAGCUUCAGACAUAUAUCAGAUAUCAGAUUUCUCUUGCUCAACAUUUUGAAAAUCUUGUAGUCGAAGAUAAAAGAUUUGAGGUUAUGGCUCCUCGUACUUUUGCAUUGGUUUGUUUCCGAAUUUUACCAAUAGGAGAUGAUCGUGAUAAUGGGCAUUCAUUAAAUUCACAAUUGUUAGAUGUUGUAAAUGAGAGCGGACAUAUGUAUUUAUCACAUACGGUCUUAUCAGGAAAAUAUACUUUACGCUUUUGUGUGAAUAGCGUAUUGACAAAAGUACAUCAUGUGGAUGCUGCAUGGAAACUUCUUCAAAGCAAAGCAUCAAUUUUACUAAAACAAAGAUUUGAUUGUUACAAGUAA